CCCGCUUCUUGCUUCACUACUAUAAAACCCUCCCUCCCCCCACAAUUCAUUUCGCAUCAAUUUCUCUCAAUCUACAAUCUCACUCUAGGGUUUCCAGAUUUACAUCACCAUGAAAUCCAGAUUUGGCAGCAGCGCUCUUGGCUCACCAUCCUCAUCAUCGGGGGUGCCGGCGUAUUACAAGUAUCUCAAGCCUGGAGAGCUUGCUCAACUCAGAUACUCGAAGAUCAACGCCAGAUCCAAACAAAUCAGCGCUCAGGCUCUGCUCGCGCUGUACCGACUCGGAUCUGAUUCCGAUUCGUCGCUUCCGCAGCCGCAGUCAACUGGUUUGGCCAUGGAAGCAGUUCCGUGUUUCAAUUUGAGGACCAAGGGUUUCCCGAGGUGCUUAAUGCGCAAAAAGCUUCUGGCUGUGGCGCCGGUUUUUACUGAGACCUAGCCAUAAAUCGGCUCUCCCUGCUGUAAUUUAUUUUUCUACUGCAUAUACAAUGCUGUUUUGUUAGGGCCGUCUUGGUUUUAGGUGUUUUUCAUAUUCUAUUUGUAAUUGAUCACACAGAAGUGUAGACGAAUAUCAGAUGAAUAAAACGAUACAAUUUUUUUUUAUUUUGCUCUCA